GUUGGUUGAUAACCGUAGCAAUGGAGAAAUUUGGUGAAGAGAAAACUACUAAAAUUAUUCAUUUGUACUUCAAGAUGGAUAAUUCUAGCUUCGACGGGUCCAAGCAUGUUAAGAAGUGUUGCAUGUCUUAUGUUUCACAUGCUUUUGGAGAUCCUUUUGAUCAUAGUAAUACUCUUCUUGGCAUCCAAUUAUCUGAGACUAUUACUAACAUUGUAGCAUAUCAUGUGACUAUUUCAUUUGAUAGAGAGGGAGAUGGCUCUACUAAUACCAAGAAGGUUUUCAAUUGGCUAGCAAUUUCGUUGGUGCAAGCUAGUCCACUUGUUCUUGUCCUUUCAUCAAGAAUUGAUGUUGAAAGAGAAUGGAGUGAAAGGGGCAUUGCAGCUAUUGUUAGCCAUAUCUGUGUGUUGCUGUUAGAAAGUAUAACAAAUUCCCCUCAUGGGACAGCCAAUAUUGCUUCUAAGAUCAGAACCAUGCCAUAUGAAAGCUUGAAUGACAUCAUUAGAAGCUAGGCGAUAAUGAUGAAACCAAGUCGACACUACCCCAAGCUGCCAACCAAACUAUGAUAUUGUUCCUAGUGGUUUUUGCCUAUCGCAGCCAUGAAUUUAGCUCUCAAAGUUGCCUUCCUGACUUGAACCUUGAGGAUAAGGUUCUUUUUAUCGGCGGAAGUAUUGUUGUGAACCGGCGUGACCCGGUAUGGGAUUAUGGUCCAGAAGUAUGCAACAAGGCCGAUCCAGUUGGUAGUAUUGGGCCUGGAGCAAAAUGGAGAAAAGGCCCAAUGACUGAACACCCGAAUAGAACACAUUAUAUUUGAAAUCCAGGCAGUAUACAAGGCAUGUGUAUUGUUACCAUGCUUAGGCAAAGUUUGCUUUCUCACCUCCUCUUCUGAAUAUGUCUAAUUCCUCAUCCCUUUCUGAUUAUCUAUCAUAUUUCUUCAGUUGUUCUGCAAUUACUGUUGUUGUUCACAUUCUAGACCUGUAAUCUUCUAGUUGUUGAGAGCAAUGUAGUAAAAAUACUUUAGUA